AUGGCACAUCAACAUAACGCUGCCCUAGUCCAAGGCCGUUGCAUGCCUAACAAGGUCGACGCUUGGAUACUAGGGAGCAGUAUUGCGUCAUUGGCGGCGGCAGUUCAUUUGAUUUCGGAUGCCAAUGUGCCUCCCUCUCAGAUCCAUAUACUCGAGUCUCAAAGUAUCCCUGGAGACGGCAUAACUAGUAUUGGCGAUCCACUGAACGGAUACGAUCAUCGACCUGGAUGCCUGCCAAGUUUCAAUGACAUCUGCUUGGGAAAGCUGCUUGCUCUGGUACCUUCCGCCUGCGGUUCCGGAAGAACAGUCAAAGAGGAUAUCGAAAAAUUGCAUGACGAUGAAGGCUGUCAAGACGUCCCUAUCACACACAUCUUGGCUCAAGAAGAUGACGGGCCGAAGAGAAUGGAAACCGGGAAACUCGGUCUGGGCCUAAAAGAUCGAAAUGAAAUUGACGAUGCUCAUGUUGCGAUCCGAGGAAAGGUUGACCAGAAAGCGAAUUGA